AUGCACUUCUGCAAAACAUAUUCUCAACUUCUUCUAACCCUCCCCCAAGAACUCCAAGAGAAUGCUAUCGAAUAUAGACAGCUCAAGAAGCUCAUAAACAAGGUGGUCAACGAGCUCACGUCGCUUGGCCUCAGCCCGGCUGUCUUGCAGAAUAUAUUACAGAAGAAUGAUACUGCUUCUGGGAGUGCCAAAGGAAAGCAGCGUGCAUUUGGAGAAAGGCCUGAAGAGAUCGUAAACGUUGGGGAUCAGGAUGAUGGUGUAGCCGAUUUGUCUAGACCACAGACGACGAAGGCGAUAUACGAAGUGAUUCACGACGGAGAACACCUUCAGCCUCGAUUACGCGUAUGGGUUGGAAGACAGAAGGAUACGGACAGUGGAAAUCGUGCUGGGGAUAACGUUGAUGACAGUCCUCGAAGUCCGGCAUCGGCAGCUCGUGUGACCAUCUUGCUUGACGCCCCCGAAUCCCUUUCGUCAUCUCCAGUGGAUGCGGUAGCUUCGAGUCAGGAAAUUAACUCAGAUUACGUCGGAAACAGGGAGCUGCUUCUUGUUGCGAAGCCUAUAGUCGCUCGACCUAGGCAAAGCUUGAUAUGGACGUUACAGAAGCAAGCAGAAAUCGAGGAAACUGAAGAGGCAGCAACGCCCGAGCUUCCUUCUACCGAAGGACAAGAAAGUAAUGUCCCAAUACCUGUUGUCCAUCCUGUCGAGCUUGUGCGCAGACAGGUACUCGUAACUGCUGAUGGAACACGCGAACUUAUUAUACCACUGGAAUCCGACAUGGCUUUCUUUGAACUCUUAUACACGGCACUUCAGUCCCUUUCUUCUCGUCUCCUGGUCGUUCGUUCUGAUUUCAUCGGCAAGCUCGACGCUCUUGCUCGUACAAUUUCUCGGACAGCACGUCCGCAAUCUGCUUCUUCGCGAGGGUUCCAUCCAUCAUCAUCGCUCGGCGAUGCGGAGGCCAUAAGCGCACCGCUGAUAUCUCCGUUCUCUAGUUCUUUCGUCCCUGGGGGAAAGGUAAAGAGCGACCUAUACACAUGGAGGGAGAUAUUCCAACUUUACGUAGAAGCGGAAAUUUUCGAGAGCGUACAUGAACAAGAUAGGGGCGAACGAAGUAUUGCGGAAACGGAGAGACGGCUGGCUUUCUUUGCGGAACAAGUCACAACGCGAGGCUUGAGUGACAGGAGGAAACUCAAAUAUAAGGAGAGUAGAGAUGCCUUAGAGAGCUUCUUGCAACUCAAUGUCUUUCUUGUUAACCUGAAGAAGUUCCAAUUUGCUACUGCAGAGGCUGCACGAAAGAUUCUCAAGAAACACGCAAAGAGGACUGCUCUUCCGUUUCCCAUUCCCAGUCUGGACGGCUCGUCUGCGUCUCUACAAGGCGAUAAGCAGGUGUCUUCUCUUCUUCGAAGAGAUGGGCCAGGAGUUUUAUAUGCUGAUAUUCUUACUCUCAUUCCGACGUCCACGUUAUCCCUUCCUCAUAUCCUCGUACAAGCAAUAGGAGAGACUCUGCUUCCUAUCAUCCCUCACUUGGAUGAUUACUCUUGUUUGAUAUGUGUGAACAUUGCGUUCAAGCCCAUCCGCCUCAGCUGUGGCCAUCUGUUCUGCGUUCGAUGUUUGGUCAAGAUGCAAAAGCGAGGUCAGGAUCAUUGCCCGUGCUGUCGCGCACCGACUGUUCUCAAGGCCAACCGUACAAACGUCGACUGGGCGAUGCUCAACUUCAUGCAAGAUUGGUUCCCGCGAGAAACUGCGAAGAAGUUGAAGCAGAAUGAGAAAGAGGCUGCUCAGGAGCAGCUUGAGGAACUUGGGAUUCCGGACCAGAGCUGCGUGGUAAUGUAAAGUUAUUAUAUAUGUUGUUAUGUCUGGUAUUUGUGGAUACUUUCUGUUGCUGU